CCGACUACCGUCAAUUGAGGUUAUAAACAAAUCGACAAUUUUCUUUCCUUGAUUCUUUCACUGUAAAGUUGUGUUCGCGUUACUUCAUUUAGUUACAUCAACAUCUUUUAAUAUUUUAUAAUCCGGUAAAAUGCCACCUAAAGGUGAAAAAAAAGCCAAACCCGCUGCUUCAGGCAGUGGUGGUGGAGAUAAGAAACCAUCAGGCAGUGAAAAGAAGCCUGCAGCUGCUUCAUCUGAAAAGAAACCAGAAAAGAAGCAACCUGCACCCGCUCCUUUACUUGAUGCCAAAAAACCCGUUGAAAAGAAAUCUGCAGACAAGAAACCUGCAGCUGAUAAAAAACCAGCUCCUGAAAAGAAAUCUGCUCCUGAAAAAAAACCAGCUCCUGAAAAAAAACCAGCUUCUGAUAAGAAACCAGCAGACAAAAAAUCUGCACCAGCAGCUGCCGACAAAAAACCAGCAGACAAGAAGAAGGAUGAACCUAAAGCUAAGGCUGAAUCUUCCAAGAAGGCUGAUCAAUCUAAACAGGGUAAGAGUGCAGACAAAGGUACCAAACGACCAUCUACAGAAACCGAAAAGCCUGGACCUGCUCCUAAAAAAUCUACCGCUAGCAAAGCUGCUGAUAGCAAAUCUAAGAAGGAGCCAGAAAAGGCCAAAAAAGAAGCAACCAAGAAGAAGGCCACUGAUGCACCUAAGACUGCCCCGGCAGCCAAGAAAGCGGCAGCUGAUCCAGCUGCUCCUAAAGCACCUAAAAAAACUGUAGCUAAGAAGGACAAGCCCAAGUCAGCAUCCAAGCCUAAGACAGGAGAUAAGAAAGAAACCAAAGCUGCUGAUAAAACUAAGAAACCACUUAAAGGUAAAUCAGCCGCAGCUAAGAAAAUGAUCAAGGGUGCUGCUGCUGCCGCUGCUGCUAAGCUCAGGAAAGAAAAGAAAGCUGAUAGUGCCAAGGGUGCUAAAGGUGUUAAAGUUGGAUCAAAACGUGAUGCUGUAAAGAAAGCACUGAAGUCCAAAAUUAGGACUUUGAAAGGACCUCAUGGGACUAGAAUCCGUAAGAUCAGGUAUUCCGUCCACUUCCGUCGUCCAAAGACUUUCCAGCCACCAAGGAACCCAAAAUACCCAAGGAAAUCCGUUCCCAAGAGAAAUAGGAUGGAUGCUUUCAAUAUAAUCAAAUUCCCCUUGACAACUGAAUCUGCAAUGAAAAAAAUUGAAGACAACAACACUUUAGUCUUUAUUGUACAUUUGCGUGCCAAUAAGCACCAUGUCAAAGCUGCAGUUAAAAAGAUGUACGAUAUCAAUGUGGCUAAAGUCAAUACUUUGAUCAGGCCCGAUGGUAAAAAGAAGGCGUAUGUACGAUUAGCACGAGAUUAUGAUGCAUUGGAUGUUGCGAACAAAAUUGGUAUCAUAUAAACGUCUGAUUGUUUCAUAUUUACUUUUAUUUUAAUAAAAUAAAAAAAAAAAAAUUAAAAAACCAAAA